CCCUCCCUGUAGGUGAGGGUGGAGCUGUUGCACAACCCAGCCUUCUGCAGCCUGGCCACUGCCAAGAAGCGCUACCUCCAGACCAUCGAAAUCCCUGCCAAGUCCUCUGUGGCUGUGCCAUACGUCCUUGUCCCCUUGAAGAUCGGCCUCCAGGAGGUGGAGGUCAAGGCUGCCGUCUUUGGCACCUUCAUCAGCGAUGGUGUUAAGAAGACGCUGAAGGUUGUGCCGGAAGGCAUGAGAGUCAACAAAACCGUGGCCGUCCGGACACUGGAUCCAGAGCGCCUAGGGCAAGAGGGAGUGCAGAGGGAGGAUGUGCCCGCCGCAGACCUCAGUGACCAAGUGCCAGACACAGACUCGGAGACCAGAAUUCUCCUGCAAGGGACCCCAGUGACUCAGAUGGUCGAGGACGCAGUGGAUGCAGAGCGGCUGAAACACCUGAUCGUGACCCCCUCAGGCUGUGGGGAGCAGAACAUGAUUGGCAUGACACCCACAGUUAUUGCGGUACACUACCUAGACCAGACAGAACAGUGGGUGAAGUUUGGCCUGGAGAAGAGGCAACAGUCCCUGGAGCUCAUCAGGAAAGGUGGGCCUGCUCUGGAAACCCCCAAACCAGCUCCUCCUCCAAAGGCUCCUCCCCUCCUCAGAAGCUCCGCCCCUCCUCCUCCCGAGGCCCCUCUCCGGUCUCAGGAGCCCCGCCCCUCCUCCCAAGGCCCCUCUUCGGUCUCAGGAGCCCCGCCCCUCCUCCCAAGGCCCCUCUUUGGUCUCAGGAGCCCCGCCCCUCCUCCUGAGGCCCUGCCUCUACUCCAAACCCCUCCCCUCCGUGCAUGUCCUACAGGGAUGACUUGCCUCAUAUCUAAUCCUGGGACCCAGACUGAGUCCUCUUUCCAGAAUCCGUGCCCUGCUUGGCCGCUCCUUCCUCUCUCCCCACCUGCCCGACUCCAUACAGCACCCCUGCCCCCACACUCUAGUGAGACCCUUCCCCACCAUGCUCCCACCCGCCCACACCCCACACUGUCCCUCUUCUCUCAUCACUCUCAGGUGCACAGGCAGUGGAUGAGGGGCUGGGGUGUCCCCUGUGCAGAUCGGAACCGCUGGGAGGAGCCUGGCCAGCAGCUCUACAACGUGGAGGCCACAUCCUAUGCCCUCCUGGCCCUGCUGUUACUGAAGGACUUCGACUCGGUGCCUCCUGUGGUCCGCUGGCUGAACGAGCAGAGAUACUACGGAGGCGGCUACGGCUCCACACAGGCCACCUUCAUGGUAUUCCAAGCCUUGGCCCAAUACCAGACAGACGUCCCCAACCACGAGGAAUUGAACAUGGACGUGUCCUUCCACCUCCCCAGCCGCAGCUCCCCAACCAAGUUUCGCCUGCUCUGGGAAACUGGCGGCCUCCUACGAUCAGAAGAGACCAAGCAAAACGAAGCCUUCUCUUUAACAGCCAAAGGAAAAGGCCAGGGCACGCUGUCGGUGGUAACAGUGUAUUAUGCCAAAGUCAAAAGCAAAGUCACCUGCAAGAAGUUUGACCUUAGGGUCACCACAUCACCAGCCCCUGAUACAGCCAAGAAGCCUGAGGGUGCGGAGAAUACUAUGGUCCUUAACAUCUGCACCAGGUACCUGGGAGACGUGGAUGCAACCAUGUCCAUCCUGGACAUCUCCAUGAUGACUGGAUUUGUUCCGGACAAAGACGACCUGGACCUGCUGAGCCAAGGAGUGGACAGAUACAUCUCCAAGUACGAGCUGAGCAAAGAGUUCUCCACCAAGAACACCCUCAUCAUCUACCUAGAAAAGAUCUCACACUCUGAAGAAGAAUGUCUGUCCUUCAAAGUCCACCAGUUCUUUAAAGUGGGACUCAUCCAGCCCGGCUCGGUCAAGGUCUACUCCUAUUACAACCUGGAGGAAUCCUGCACCCGGUUUUACCAUCUGGAUAAGGAGGAUGGAAUGCUGAGCAAGCUCUGCCACAAUGAAAUGUGCCGCUGUGCUGAGGAAAACUGCUUCAUGCACCAGGCACAGGAGGAGGUCAGCGAGAAGGAACGGCUGGAAAAGGCUUGCGAGCCUGGAGUGGACUAUGUGUACAAGACCAGGCUAGUCUCGACGGAGCUGUCGGAUGAUUUUGACGAGUACAUCAUGACCAUCCAGCAGGUCAUCAAGUCAGGCUCAGAUGAAGUGCAGGCAGGGCAGGAACGCAGGUUCAUCAGCCACAUCAAGUGCAGACAAGCCCUGAAGCUGCAGAAAGGGAAGCAGUACCUCAUGUGGGGCCAGUCCUCGGACCUCUGGGGAGAAAAGCCCGACAUCAGCUACAUCAUCGGGAAGGACACAUGGGUGGAGCACUGGCCCGAGGCUGAUGAAUGUCAGGAUGAGGAAAACCAGCAACAGUGUAGGAAUCUGGGGUCCUUCACAGAGAACUUGGUGGUUUAUGGCUGCCCCAACUGACCACAGCCCAGCCCUCCAAUAAAUCUUCAGUUGUAAUUCA